GUUUUGUCAAGAUCUGCAGGGUCAGACCAUUUUUCAGCGUUACAAGCGUGUUGGGAGGUCAGCCUAGUGCUCUGCGCAGUUUAGAUUCAGACACAGCAACAAGAGCUCACUCUGGAUUGGAGCUAAGUGCUUAUUCCAGUAUUCUGGAAUGAGGUUUAAUCAUACAGCGUUUAGACUCCUUAACAUCUCUGUGGGACUGGGCCAUCUACAUCUAGAUGCUCUGUGCCAUCUUCACAUUUGCGUGUCAGAGUUAACAUUAGCAAAGGAGCAAAUUUUAUCUGCCUUUUAUGGCAUGAUCCUGGUCAGACAUCCUAAGAUUAAUGAAAACUAUGAUAGGUUUUUGGUAGAUGCGUUUGGCUUCUCCUGGACGUGCUGAGUUGAUGGUGGUCUUCCUGUUUUGAGGUGUGGACGCCCAGUAACUGUUUGGUCUGUUUCCAGUCAUGUUUGAAUUCCUCCAAAGGCUAAACAAGCUUCAGUGCAGGAUAUCUCCAUUGGUAUCACCUGCCCAUUUCCACCACCUCCUCUGUGCCAGCUGUAGCACUCUCUGGCAAUGUAAUAACUUGCAUCAGGAACCUGAUCUGGCCAGAAACUCCUUUUCUGGGUCAAUUUAUGGCUGGACCAGUUUCCUGAUGUAGGUAAUUGCAGAGCCCCAGACCUGCUCAAGUCAAUACCUGGAGAGCAAAAGGGAUGAACAGCCAGUGGCAGGGGCAGCUGCUUCAACUACAGAAUGAAUUUGUGCAGCAUAAAAUGAUUCACAGCCUGUUUCUUAUAAACUGUACUGGUGAUAUAUUCUUGGAGAAGCACUGGAAGAGCGUUGUGAGCCAAUCUGUGUGUGAUUAUUUCUUUGAAGCUCAGGAGAAAGCAAUCGAUGUUGAGAAUGUGCCUCCUGUCAUCUCAACGCCACAUCACUACCUCAUCAGCAUCUAUCGGGAUAAAAUCUUCUUUGUGUCUGUCAUACAGACAGAAGUGCCACCACUCUUUGUAAUUGAAUUUCUACACCGAGUAGCAGAUACUUUCCAGGAUUACUUCGGCGAAUGUUCUGAGACUGCAAUUAAGGACAAUGUAGUUAUUGUGUAUGAACUUCUAGAAGAAAUGUUAGACAAUGGCUUUCCACUGGCAACAGAAUCCAACAUACUGAAGGAGCUGAUUAAGCCUCCCACAAUUUUGCGCUCCGUCGUCAACUCCAUCACAGGCAGUAGUAAUGUGGGUGACACACUUCCCACCGGACAGUUGUCCAACAUCCCUUGGCGCAGAGCAGGCGUAAAAUACACCAACAACGAAGCCUAUUUUGAUGUCAUCGAAGAAAUCGAUGCUAUUAUAGACAAGUCAGGUUCCACAGUCUUUGCAGAAAUCCAGGGCGUUAUUGAUUCAUGUAUUAAGCUCUCAGGAAUGCCAGAUCUUUCUCUUUCAUUCAUGAACCCACGGCUGCUGGAUGACGUCAGCUUCCAUCCCUGUAUUCGGUUCAAACGCUGGGAGUCUGAGCGAGUCCUGUCGUUUAUUCCUCCUGACGGGAACUUCAGACUGAUCUCCUACCGUGUCAGCUCUCAGAACUUGGUGGCAAUUCCUGUAUAUGUGAAACACAUGAUCAGUUUUAAGGAAAAUAGUUCUUCGGGAAGAUUUGAUGUUACCAUUGGACCAAAACAGAAUAUGGGGAAAACAGUAGAAGGAGUUGUCAUGACCGUUCACAUGCCAAAGGCCGUACUUAAUAUGAACCUCACUGCUACACAGGGCAGCUACACGUUCGACCCUGUUACUAAAGUGUUAACAUGGGACGUUGGCAAAAUUGCCCCUCAGAAGCUACCAAACCUGAAGGGCAUAGUGAACCUGCAGUCUGGAGCUGCCAAGCCAGAGGAGAAUCCAAGUUUAAACAUCCAGUUUAAGAUACAACAGCUUGCAAUUUCAGGACUGAAAGUGAAUCGCCUAGACAUGUAUGGAGAAAAAUACAAGCCUUUUAAAGGUGUCAAAUAUAUUACAAAAGCAGGAAAAUUCCAAGUCAGGACAUGAGAAGAUGUUCUACUUCCAAGAGGAAAUUCUCCCUUAAAAAAAAAAAAGCAAACCACUUGACUGCUUAGUGACUUAUGUUGCUAUUAAUUAGGUGCCAAUUAAUUAAUAGACAUUGAUUAGUUUGGGAUCAAAGCAUUUGUGCACAGCAGCUCUUAAAACGAAAGCGUAGCUUAGUUUUUCUUAAUAUGCUUUAAAAUAAGGUACGUUUUUUUCUAAUACACCUUCACUCUUUUUUUACCGAAUUGUUGCGCUGGUGAAUAGUUUGAUAUAGGAGAUCCACAAAACGUCGCAAACGCUACACUGCCAGUCAGAUACCAAAGCCCAGAGGCCAAGCACAGUAUGACGGGCCAGGCAGGCCACUGGCAAAGUCUCGUGGUGGCACAUUCUGCUGCUGCAGCCGCCUGCAAAGACAGCUCAGCUAUUCUCACAGCCAGCGGCACGCUGGCACGCCCCAAAGCAUCACGUAAUCCCUUCGGAGAGAGCAAGCAGCGGCGAGAGGGGCAGGGUCCCGCGGGGGCUGGGGACAGAGCAAGCGUCACUCCUGAGAAAGCUUCUGAUGAAGAAAAAAGUAAUUUCCUUGUUGUUUACAAGAAAUCGCCUGUCUUAAGAAGCAUUUGCCUUAAUCAGCUUUCAUUUGUGCCAUCUGCAGAUGAGCUGAUAAAAAUAACAUUCUGCAUUAAAUCUGGGAGGUGAUUGUUGCUUCAGUAAUCCACUUUCUUUCCACUCGGUCUCAUCUUCGCCAUCAUCUUUUUAAGAAUACGGUUGCAGAGAGUAUGAUCUAUUUUUAUGUGAAGCCUUAGCUUUGAUUUCCACGUUCCACUUGCUCGCGGUGGAUGCCACCGGAUUUGUGCCACGCGUACAGUGGAGCGUAGCUUGUUAGGUAGCACAGUAGAAGCGUCAAGUGUAUUUAAUGGUUGUGUGCUUUAAUGUUAUGAAAUAAAGGGAACUCUACUGCAAAUA